AUGCUGGAGAAGGGAGCGAUAGAACCUGUACUGGAACUAGAAUCCCCAGGGUUCUACAAUUGCCUGUUUCUAGUGCCCAAGGCCUCGGGUGGAUGGAGACCCGUUCUAGAUGUCAGCGCACUGAACGUCUUUGUAGAAAAGACCAAGUUUACCAUGGAGACGACUCAGUCGGUGCUGGCAGCGGUCCGUCCAGGGGACUGGAUGGUGUCUCUGAACUUGCAGGACGCUUACUUUCAUAUCCCCAUCCACCCGACUUCAAGGAAGUUCCUAAGAUUUGUAGUCCAGAACAGGUGCUUCCAGUUCAAGGCCCAUUGUUUCGGCCUCAGCACGGCCCCUCAAGUUUUCACCAGAGUAAUGGCAAACGUGGUGGGAUGGCUUCAUCAAGAGGGGAUAAGAGUAUCCCUCUACCUGUGGAUGACUGGGUUGAUUAAGGGUCCCAAAGUCGAAGACAAGGUGGGUCUGGAGGACUUGCACAAGACGUUUCUGAUGACCCAGGAGCUGGGUCUCAUCAUCAACAAGGAGAAGUCCCAGAUCGAGCCGAGUCAGACGAUUCUUUAUUUGGGGAUAGUUCUGGACUCAGCUCGUUUUCGGGCUUCUCCCUCCCAAGAAAGGCAAAACAGGUGCCUUGAGAAGUUGGGCAGUGGGAUUCCUGGGGUAGAGAGAAGUGCUUGGGCGAUGGAUUGGAUGAGUUUGCUGGGCACCCUCUCCUCGCUCGAGCAGUUUGUCUCCCUAGGAAGGUUGCAUCUCAGACCUCUGCAACACUUCCUUUCAAGAGUCUCAGAGUCUGAGGAGAAUCAAGAGACAUCUGAGUUGGUGGCUGGAUCCGUCGAAAUUAGGGGAAGGAAUCUCCCUGCUCAGGAAGAACCCAAACCUAGUGUUGUUCUCAGAUGCUUCGGAGUCAGGAUGGGGAGCAACACUGGGGAGCAGGGAGGUCUCAGGCUCUUGGGAAGUGGAACAGAGCGAAUGGCACAUCAACAGGAAGGAGUUGAUGGCCAUUCUGUUAGGAUUGAAAACCUUCAAGACUCUGUCUUGGGGAGAGUAGUAGAAGUCAAUUCAGACAACACCACGGCCCUGGCUUACAUCAAAAAGCAAGGAGGGACUCAUUCUCUGUCCCUGUACGAAACAGCAAGAGAGCUCCUUCUGUGGGCAAAGGAGAAUGGCGUAGAGCUUUUAACAAGAUUUGUGCAGGGACAGAAGAAUGUAAGAGCAGACAUGCUCAGCAGGAAAGGGCAAGUUCUGCCCACAGAAUGGACCCUCAACCUUCAAGUUUGCCAGAGACUGUGGAAAUUAUGGGGGAGGCCUUCAAUAGAUCUCUUCGCCUCCAACCAGAACAAGAGAAUCACCAACUACUGCUCCCUAGUCCCGGACAAGGAAGCAACAGCAGUAGACACCUUCUUGAUGGACUGGACAGGGAUAGACACUUAUGCGUUCCCUCCCUUCAAGAUUAUCAACCUGGUCAUCAAGAAAUUCGCUCUCCUCGAGGCAGGGAGAAUGACCCUGAUAGCUCCAUUCUGGCCAGCAAGAGAGUGGUUCACAGAGACAUUAAGACCACCGGCUUGGAAUUUGGAUGUGGUUUUGAAGUUCUUAUGCAGCAGGAAGUUCGAGCCCAUCUCGCAAGUGACCCUUAGAGACGUAACUAAGAAAACACUAUUCCUGAUGGCUCUUGCCACAGCAAAAAGGGUCAGCGAGAUUCAGGCAAUAGAGAAGCAGGUGGGCUUCAAUCAAGAUGGAGCAGUAUUUGCGUUAAAGCUCGACUUCCUCGCUAAGAAUGAGAACCCAUCCAAACCCUGGCCGGGGACGUUUGAGGUUCCACCUAACCACAAAUUUAGUGGGGCCAAAAGGAGGAGAGACUCCUCUGCCCAGUUAGAGCCCUCAGGGCAUAUUUAUCAUGGACAAGGAAUUUUAGAGGUUCAUCCAGUUCUUUAUGGUGUUCAGUUAAGGAUCGCUUCAAAACCCCUCUCGAAGAAUGAGUCAUCAUUCUUCUUGAGGGAGACGAUAAGAGAAGCUCACCUCUUAUGUGAGGAGAACUUCGGUCUGUUCAAAAGUGAAGGCUCACGAGGGGUAGAGCCAUUUCAAACGUCACUUGCAUAUCGGAAGCACAUGUUCAGUUAA